AUGGCGUCCGCCGACGUUAGCAUUCCGCGUCGUGAGCGCGAACGCGAGCGCGGGCCUCAGCGAGAGGCCGACUCGUACCGUCCGCCACCUCGCGAGCGAACGCCGCCGCCCGUGCGAACCGAGGAGGAGAAGCAGGCCGCGGCAAAGGCAGAAUAUGAAAAGCUUCUCAACAUGCGGUCUGGAGGCACGUACAUCCCGCCCGCGAGGCUGAGGGCGCUGCAGGCGCAAAUCACCGACAAGACAAGCAAGGAGUAUCAGCGCAUGGCCUGGGAGGCGCUGAAGAAGAGCAUCAACGGUCUGAUCAACAAGGUCAACACGGCGAAUAUCAAGCAUAUUGUUCCCGAGCUGUUUGCCGAGAACCUGGUCCGAGGACGGGGACUGUUUUGCCGGUCCAUCAUGAAGGCACAGGCUGCCAGCUUGCCCUUUACCCCCAUCUAUGCGGCCAUGGCAGCCAUCGUCAACACCAAGUUGCCUCAGGUUGGCGAGUUGUUGAUCAAGAGGUUGAUAAUGCAGUUCCGCAAGGGCUUCAAGCGGAACGACAAGUCUGUCUGUCUAUCGUCGACUACCUUCCUCGCACACCUCAUCAACCAGCAAGUCCAGCACGAGAUGCUUGCAGGGCAGAUCCUACUGUUGCUGCUGCACAAGCCGACCGAUGACAGCGUAGAAAUCGCGGUUGGACUCUGCCGAGAAGUUGGUCAAUACCUCGAGGACAUGCAGCCGUCUAUUUCCGUCGCCGUCUUUGACCAGUUCAGAAAUAUCCUGCACGAAGCCGAUAUCGACAAGCGAACACAAUACAUGAUUGAAGUCUUGUUCCAAGUCCGCAAGGACAAGUUCAAGGACCACCCUGCCGUCAAAGAAGAGCUGGACCUAGUCGAGGAAGAAGACCAAAUCACACACCGAGCAGAGUUGGACGGCGAGAUUGACGUCCAGGAUGGCCUCAACAUUUUCAAGUUUGACCCCAACUGGGAGGAGAACGAGGAGGCAUACAAAAAGCUCAAGGCCGAGAUUCUCGGCGAGGGAAGCGACUACGAAGACGACGACGAGGGAGACGACGAAAGCUCAGAAGACGAGGAGGAAGAGGAGACAAAGGCAAUGGAAAUCAAGGACCAGUCCAACGCGGACCUAGUCAACCUCCGAAGAACAAUCUACCUCACAAUCAUGUCUAGUGCCGACCCCGAAGAAGCUGUCCACAAACUCAUGAAGAUCAACCUCCCCGCCGGCCAAGAACCCGAGCUGCCCUCCAUGAUUGUCGAAUGCUGCUCCCAAGAAAAGACAUACACAAAGUUCUUUGGCCUCAUCGGCGAACGGUUUGCAAAAAUCAACCGCCUGUGGUGCGACCUGUUUGAACAGUCCUUCGCCAAGUACUACGACACCAUCCACCGUUAUGAAAACAACAAGCUUCGCAAUAUUGCCCAGCUCUUCGGGCACAUGCUUGGUGUGGACGCCCUCGGCUGGCACUGCCUUUCGGUGAUUCAUCUCAACGAGGACGAAACUACGUCCAGCAGUCGUAUCUUUAUCAAGAUUCUAUUCCAGAGCAUCGUGGAAGAAAUCGGCCUGCCCAAGCUCAGGACCAGGAUGACCGACGAGACGCUCCGCCCGAACCUAGAGGGCAUCUUCCCCAAGGACAAUCCGCGAAAUAUUCGGUUUUCCAUUAAUUACUUUACUACUACUCUUCUUACACGGGGUCGUCGUAUUCUUCCCGAUCACGCUCGAGAACUCCCGCCAGGAUUCGGGGCCGUUCUAUAUCUCGAACGCCCUCUCGCAGGGCAAGAUCGCGCUCAUACUCUGAGAGCCGGUCCCGUUCACGGCCGCGUUCACGUUCAGCGUCAUUCGAUUCAAGGUCACCGUCUCCCAGGCGAGGACGCAGAGACUCCUACUCGGCCUCGCCUCGACGACGAUCCGUCUCCGGAAGCAGAUCGCCCUCGCCGGCGCCAAGACAAAGAGGAAGGCGACGCAGCGCCUCGUACAGCUCGUACAGCCGCUCUCCGUCGCGCGAUCGCCGCCGCCCUUCUCCGUCCGUCAGUCCGCCUCGCGGACGGGACCGUUCGCCGAGGGGCGGGUCGUACCGUCGCAACAGCUCUUCCGUAA